GGUUCAGUCCGUCUUCAAGGUUCCUGAUUGUUGGUCUGUUUUAACAUCACCCCUCAUAAUUUCACAACUUUAGUAUUCACGGAUAAAUUUGCAUCGGUAAAGUUCAGGAGGAGGCAUUUGUCUCAGCGACAUGGCAGCUACGAUUGGACCCCGAAUACCGAGGAAGGACGAUGCGAACUAUAACUUACAUUUCCGAAUGAUAAACGAGCAACAAGUGGAGGAUAUCUCCAUUGACUUCUUCUAUAAGCCGCACACCAUCACUCUGCUGACAGUCACUGUGCUCAGCCUGAUGUACUUUGCCUUCACCAGGGAUGAUGAACACACAGAUAACAACCUCCGUGUCGGUUUGUUGGUAGUCGUCUUCUUCUUCUUGGUCAUCAGUGUCCUGGCCUUUCCUAAUGGACCCUUCGUUAGGCCACACCCUGCAAUAUGGCGAAUGGUGUUCGGUCUCAGUGUGCUCUACUUCCUGUUUCUUGUCUUCCUUAUCUUCCUUAACUGGGACCAAGUGAAGACUCUAAUGUACUGGCUGGACCCAAACCUCCGCUAUGCAAAACGGGAGGCUGAUAUCAUGGAGUAUGCUGUAAACUGUACAGUGAUAACGUGGGAGCGCAUCCUGAGCCACUUUGACAUCUUUGCGUUUGGCCACUUUGGAGGAUGGGCCAUGAAGGCUUUGCUAAUCCGCAGCUACGGCCUGUGUUGGACCAUCAGCAUAACCUGGGAACUCACUGAGCUCUUCUUCAUGCACCUUCUACCAAACUUUGCGGAGUGCUGGUGGGAUCAGGUGAUACUCGACAUACUGUUGUGUAAUGGAGGAGGCAUCUGGCUGGGAAUGACCGUCUGCCGUUUUCUGGAGAUGAGGACGUAUCGCUGGGCCAGCAUCAAGGAAAUCCACACUACCACAGGGAAGAUAAAGCGAGCUGUGCUUCAGUUCACUCCAGCCAGCUGGACCUUCGUGCGCUGGUUUGAUCCAAAAUCAUCAUUCCAGAGGCUUGCAGGCAUUUAUGUCUUUAUGAUCCUGUGGCAGCUGACAGAGCUGAACACAUUCUUCCUCAAGCACAUCUUCGUCUUCCAGGCCUCUCACCCUCUCAGCUGGUGUCGUAUCCUCCUCAUCGGAGUCAUCACUGCACCCACUGUACGACAAUAUUAUGCUUACCUGACAGACACUCAGUGUAAGCGAGUUGGCACACAGUGUUGGGUUUUUGGAGCCAUCGCUUUCCUGGAGGCGCUUGCUUGUGUAAAAUUUGGUCAUGACUUGUUUUCCAAGACACAAAUUCGCUACGUGCUCCUGUGGCUGCUGUGUCUGGCACUCAUCACGCUCCUGUGCUUAUAUGGGAUGGUGUGGUAUGAGCAAAAGAAAGUGAAGAGAAAUUCUCUGCAAAGGCACGACUGCAAUGACAGGAGUGUUAUUGACUCAUGUGGUUUCAUCACAGAUGGUGCUGCAGCUCAGGAAUAUUCCUCAAGAACUGUGCAGCCUGCAAAACGGAGGAGAGCUGCAGGCAGGAACAGAUUUGUAAAUGGUCAAGGAGGAAAGAGACAAUAAGCAACAACUGAUACUGAAUAUUUGUGACCUCUGUGGAGGAGGAUGAGGAAAUGAUGCGCUUACCAAGAGGAAUACAGUAUGCACUAUGUGGAUGGAUUUAAUUAAUAUUGUAAGUUGCAUCAUUGGUGCAAUUAAUCCCCAAAAAGUAGAUUCCAGAAAUCAUAUCGGUGUUACUUGAUAAACCGUUUGAACUUCUAAAGGUGUGGGAGGCCAGAACACGACAGCAGGCUUAAAGUUUGAUUGAAUUUCUUUUCUAUUAAAUGUCAAAGACGUUUCUAAAUAAACUUAAGUAAUGAGGUAAUAUGUGCUGGAGUUUGAGAGAAAAUGGUGCCUUAUUUGGACUGUAACAGCAGUCUGUGUCAUUCCACAACCAAUAUUGUUUUUAAACACUGGAAUAAUGUUGUCAAGUGAAGGGUGUACCAACCAGUCCACACCCACCAUCCUGUACAACAGUGGUCCCCAACCCCCGGGUCUCAGACCGGUACCGGUCCGUGAGUUGUUUGGUACCGGGCCGCGAGAGUUGAGGCUCAGGUGUGAAAUGUAUGGUUUU